AUGUACCCACGGCCUCACAAACGCUCUCACCCCUCUCGAUCCCACCACUCUCAUUCGGCAAGGACCAAUCCCUCCGCUUCCACUUCCACUUCUUCCGCCUCGACUUCGACGACCGUUCAGAUACCACCUAUAGCUUAUGUACAAGCAUAUGAAGCUCAGCUUAUAUACUCGCAAGACGAUCGAGCCAGGGAGGUGACUCGGAGAGAUAGUAGGUCUGGAUUGGGAUUAAUCAGAUAUGCUGGAGAGGUGGAAGAUGAGGCGGAAGAAGGGGAGACAGAAAUCUGGGCUGAUAGACACGAUAUCCUCCAUCUCCUUCCGUCCGUUGUUAUCCCCUCUACCACCCUUCCAACCCCAUCCGCACCGCUCUCGUCGUCAUCAUCCUGGGAUUCCCUCCCCUCUGACAUCGAAGAGACGUUCUACCUUUCUGAUCCAGAGGAGAUUGAGGCGUACGAGCAGCAGAAAAAACGAAAGUGGAUUGAAGCAUUGCGUCAAGAAAGACUGAAAGAGAGGGAAAAGGAGGACGAGGAGUAUGAAGUGAAGGAUGGGAAGAUACAGUGGAUCGAAAAUGAGGAGCCUCCCGGACCGAUCCUUGCGUUAAUGCAGCAUACCGCCAAAGCCAUCUUCUCUUCCCCUAAUCCCUCGGUAUUGGAACUUCGUAUACUGACCAAUCACGCCAAUGACGAGAGGUUUGAGUUUCUAAAAGGACGGUAUAAGUUGACUUGGACGAAGAUCAAGGAUGAUCUGAGGAAAGGGAAACAGAAGGAACAGAGGGAGAAGGAGAAAGAGAAAGGUAUAGGAUUAGGUGGGUUAGGUGGGUAUGAUAGUAGUGAAGACAGCGACGGCGAGGAAGAACAAGCAGAAGUAGUAGAUGAUCUUCAACCACCACCGCCCCCUCCUGAGGAUGAGGAUGUAGUCGAAACACCGCCACCUCCUCCCGAAGAGAAUAUACCUUUACCUCCAACAUCGGACGAACUCAUGCCGCCACCGAUGGAUGGUGAUGAAAAGAACGGUCUUGAUGCAGCUUCCGAUGGCAGUGAGGAAGAGAAGAGACGAUUAAGGAGAAUGAGGAUGGAAGAGUGGAAGAGGAAAAGAGCAGCUGAGAAGGGACUCUAA